AUGGUCUGGGCAACUGCGCGGCUCGCCAAGCCCUUCACUGCAGCCGCUUCUUCUUCGACCGCGGCAUCGUCCUCUGCUGCCGCUCGCAUACCGCGAGCAGCUUUCGCAUCCGCUUCCAUGUCUUCCACGGCUUCUUCUUCAUCCAACUACACCAUCCGUGCGGUCGCCGCCUUCUCGCGCGCUAUGCUCCGCUACGGAUGUCGCAAUGUCACCGUGCGUGGACUCGACCGCUUUCUCACCCACCUCCACUCCUCGGAACGCCUCUCGUCCAACCGCGGCCUCUUGACCUACUGCAAUCACAUUUCGGUCCUGGACGAACCAACGAUCUGGGGCACGCUCCCCGCGUCAACAUUCCGAAAUCCAGACACGGUACGAUGGACGCUUGGGGCAAGCGAUAUCAUGUUCACCAAGCCCUUGCUGUCCAAGUUCUUCCGCAACGGUCAGUGCAUCGAAACGCACCGGGGCGGGGGGAUUCAUCAGACGGCGAUCGACGACGCAAUAGCAAAAUUGGACCAGGCGAAAUGGGUGCAUCUCUUCCCAGAAGGAUAUGUCAACGUGAGCACCAGCUCGAAACUUCGACGCUUCAAGUGGGGGAUAGCGCGCAUGCUCAUGGAAGCCAAGACGUUGCCCACCAUCGUACCGAUCUGGAUUACCGGCUUCGAUCGCAUGAUGCCUGAACCACGGGAGAAGCCCAAGUGGUUGCCCAGGUUCGGCAACGAUGUGACAAUCGACUUUGGCGAGCCCAUCACGGACAGCAUCCAACCCGUCGUCCGUGCCAUCCAACAGACAAACAACGUCGCUCCGCAACACCUCCUCCCCGAACGACUCCGGUUCACUGCUGCUGAAACCCCUGCAGACUCGCCGACAUCCCCCAGCGACAGAUCCAUCCCGCAACAAGUGGCAACGGAAUGGAACACCUCCAGCCUCAUCUCGACUCUCAACCAAGCGGGUGGGGAGACAGCGUCGGUGAACCUCGCGCUCGCCCGCUCGCAGCUCGCCGCGCUGCUCCGCUACCACCUUGGCCAAGUCGGCGUGCAGCAGCGUCGUGCCGACGGAGCGUCGGAUCCGGAACAGGAUGCAAUACUGGUGCAUACCGAAUCGCUGCGAUCCGCGGCGACGCAUGCAAAGAACAACGUGCUGUGCGAUGGGGAGCGCAAGAAUGUCGGUGUGUGA